CACUCCCUCUUUUCCACUCAAAUCAGUCUUCUCUAGUCUCCAACCUCUAUUCCCAAAGUUUCCAAUUUUCACUUCCAUUUCUCUCUAGAAUACAUAAACCGCCUCUCCCAAAUGGCAUCUCCUGAAGAGACAUCAGCCUUGGAACUCAUCAGGCAACACCUCCUGACUGAUUUUGCCUCCAUGGAAAACUUUCUUUCCAAUCUCGAUAACUGUACUUCCAGGGUCUCCGCCACCAAUCAAAUCCCACAAUCCGUUGAUACAAAAGUACCCAAGGUGCCACAGAUCAAUAGCCCAAACCAAUUAAAGCAAUCCACUCUAAGCCAGCGUCGUCCUUCUAUAAACUUGGAAAUUCCACCAGCAAAAGUUAACAUAUGCUCAAACCCAGCUCCGGUUGAAUCUGACUCUAACGAGAAAAGGCACUACAGGGGUGUCAGGAGACGACCUUGGGGCAAGUUCGCAGCUGAAAUUAGAGACCCUAACAGAAAAGGCGCAAGGGUUUGGCUUGGAACCUUUGACACCGCCAUAGAAGCUGCAAAAGCUUAUGAUAGAGCUGCCUUUAAGCUACGUGGAAGCAAAGCCAUAUUGAACUUCCCUCUUGAAGCGGGUAAAUCAAAUUGCGCAGAGCCUGAGUUAACAGAGGAUUCAUCUUCAAGGAAAAGGAGAAGAGAGAAAGAGGAGAACGAGGAGGAAGAAAGCGUGACGAGUAAAGGGGUGAAAAGGGAGGAGGUGAUGGAGGAAAAGGUGGUGAUGCCGGUGACGAAGGACACGGUAACCGUGACGGAAACUGCAACGCCGGGGAUAUGUUUAACGCCGUCGAAUUGGACGGGGUUUUGGGAUAGUGAAGAUAUGAAGGGAAUAUUCAGUAUCCCUCCGUUAUCUCCGUUAUCUCCACAAUUUGGGUAUUCGAGGCUUGCGGUUAUGUAAGGGAUAAGGCUUUGACCGGUUUCAGCCGCCGGUUACCGAAGGAGGAAUAGUUUGCUGACGUGGGCGGUUGAACUAUCCAAGAAAGACACCGCAAAAGGAAACUUAACUGUUAACAAAGAGAAAUUAUUCAAGGGGUGCGGAUCAAUUAUUACUGUGCAUAAAGUAGAUUAGAGCAUUAAACAAAGAAUGCUUAAGCUUUUAUUAUUGAAUUAAUUGUAUUUGUUCUUUUAUUUGUUUAAUGAAAUUUGCCA